AUGUCGUUCUUUCCACCAUUUCAGCAACGUGCGGAUUUGGGUCGCAGUGCUGAAAAAGUGGGAGAAGAUGCGACUGUUCUUGCCGCCCUUCUCUGCAACACUGCGACGCUUGGCACCUACCGCAUCCAGGGUCAUUCCCACCAGAGGGCGAAGGAUGUGAUUGAACACGGAAGAAGAAUCGGUCGACUAAACUUGGAGAAGUAUCGCCCGCUUGUGCAGGAUGUGCAAUUGGCGGCCCAAAAUUUGCAUGAAACAGUCGAGGGAGGACGUGCUGCACUGCAGAGAAUGCAUCUAUCCGUUGGACGGCUUUUUGUGGGCAUGCCAGAGAUGGAGGAAAACCCACCCACUGGGACGACUCGCGGCGCAAAGCCUUUGCCCCCAUCGUAG